GCAGAGAAACGAAAAGAGUGACUGCUUCCAAGAUUUAAGUAUAUUUUACUGCUAUUACCUGUGCGGCCAACUUUCCUUGCCGAAAAGCUCAGACUACAGAGACAGUCCUCCAGUACGAAUGUGUCAACAGCUUUUUCGACUGAUGAUUUCAUCUCAUUUGGCUAGGCAUCAAGUAUGCCAUCCAGAACAGCCUCAGUUCUCUUUACCUGCUUCAGUGGACACAAGUCUAUCAUUACAUGUAGCUCUUUCCACACAGGAUUCACCAUCACAACUUCAGGGACCUAUUAGGCUUGAAUUAGCACCUGUGCAAUUGCUAGAAGAAGAGGCAGAAGGUGGUGUAGAACUUAUCUCUACAACAGAGGACUCUGGUAAAUCUCUCUGUUGUAAACUGUGCAAUGUGACACUAAAUUCAUCUCAUCAAGCACAAGCACACUACCAGGGCAAAAAUCACAAGAAGAAGAUACGGAAUUAUAAUGCCACAAACUGUUACUCAACCUCAACUCCAACAAAUCCACCAGAUGAGUCUUCCGCUUCAGUGCAACAACCUUUAACUGCCAUUGCACCAACACCUCCGAGUAAUGACUCCAGAGUGUGCUGUCGUGUGAUUCUGGCCACAGAAAAUGACUACUGCAAGCUCUGUGAUGCUUCAUUUAGCUCCCCAGCUGUUGCUCAGGCUCAUUACCAAGGAAAAAAUCAUGCAAAAAGAUUACGUCUAGCGGAAACCCAGCAAAACCUCGCAUCCUUAGACACUUCUGAGAUGAACAGACGGAAGCAUAGGAGAGAGGGGAAUGAAUUUAAGUUGGCACAAAAUAAAAGAAAUAUACACAAUAGCCAAAAUACUUCAGGUCCUUACUUUAACCCACGGCCUCGCCUGCAAAUUCCACGUGACCUGGCAAUGUGCAUCACCCCAAGUGGUCAGUUCUACUGUUCAAUGUGCAAUGUUGGAGCAACAGAAGAGGCAGAAUUUCGGCAGCAUUUGGAAAGCAAACAGCACAAAGGCAAAGUCUCUGAGCAGCGUUACAGAACUGAGAUGGAAUGUCUUGGAUAUGCAUGAAAAGAACCUUUUAUGACAAAUGGAACUCAUAUUUAACAAAAAAAGAAAAAAAAAGUCAUGCCUUUAUUUUGCAAUGAGUAAACCUGUAUGAACAUCAAACUGCCGUGCUGGUAGAUUUAGAAAAGGAUGUUAUAACUAUAUUUUGCUUGUAAAAAACUUAAGUAUAUCUACUUAGUUGCAGGAAUGGUAACAGUCAGAAAUGCAAAAUAAAACCCAAAGCAGGUGUAUGCAACUCUGGCAUUGUGUUGUCAUGAAGGAAGAAGCAGGUAAACAUUUUGUACAGCUAUAUGUAUGUUUUAUGCAAAUCUGCAACACGGGAUAGCUAUGAUAUUUUUAAGCAUAUCUCUGUAUCUCACUUCUGUUUUUCUGAAUGUGAAAAAAUAGACAGAAGUCUGAGAAGCUGAAAAUAAAUCUAUGAAAAGGGUUUAAAAAGCACCACAGAACUUAA